AUGAUAACUGCGCCAAUCUUUAGUCAAUCGUACUCUGAUUGCGAAUCCUCGACGUUGAAUUUUCUAGAAAUGGAACCGAUGUCAAGCAGAAGUAAAAGGAUUCUGGCCGCUGCUUUGGAAACGAAUAAAAACAGCCAGGUUUUAGAAGAAGCGCUUACACAUUCAAUCAUUUUUACAAAUGAAGAUGUUAUUAUUGAAAAUAUGACUAAUGAAUGGAUUUUCGAAAGGAAUUUCUGA